AUGGCACGCACCACUCCGUAUACCUACAUACAAUGUCCAUGUUCAGAUCAAUCUGUAGUCGAUCCCGACGUAACCCAGCAAAGGCAUGAUCAGGAGCACGAUGACGAGCGAACCUUCGAUCCCCGUGCCCCGCGAUCCAACUAUAGCCUGUUCCCCCUGGAGUAUUUGCUAUACUGCGAAGACUGCCAGCAAAUCCGUUGCCAGAGAUGCGUCACAGAGGAGAUAGUCACGUACUACUGUCCCAAUUGCUUGUUUGAGGUUCCUAGCAGCAACCUUCGCAGCGAGGGCAACAGGUGCACCCGAAGCUGUUAUCAAUGUCCAGUAUGUGUUGGUCCCCUUCAAGCCGGCUCACUUCAACCUGUGUCCGAUCCCAGUGCGCUGGGUCCAGAUGGACAGCCAGGCUCAAGCCGCGGACCGUAUGCUCUUUUCUGCCAGUAUUGCAACUGGUCAUCCACCGAGAUUGGUAUCGAGUUCGACAGGCCUAGUGGGAUACACUCGCAGCUCGGCAAGGUGAAUAAUGGUGGGACGGCAAAGAUUACCGUCAAGGAUGUCAAGGAAAGGCGGAAGGAAAACCCUGACGAACCUCGACUACCAGAUGGCCAGGUCGAUCACGAUUUGCAAUUCGCUUGCUUGAAAGCCUUUUACCAGGAGCAGCUGGCGGAGACAAACACAUCACUCACCGGCACGCCCUUGCACGACGGUGUUGGCUUCGCCUCUCCUGCCGCCUUGUCGAGGAUAAUGUCCCUGUAUACAGGAGGUCGCGGUAGUCACGCACGGAGGCUACCGCACGGCCCGGCCAACGUCAUGCGCGAAGCAUUGAACUCGGAAGAAGGGUUGAAAUUGGCGCAGCUUGACGAAUCUGCCUCGAUCAAAAAGCUGGUGCACGAGGGCUGGCAUGCCACAGCAUCUACCGAGCAACGAGAAAACCAGCCUUUACCACUAAGGUUUGUAGAUGAGCUGCGACCGAUUCCUUACCUCCUCCGCACCAAGCGAUCCAAACGCUGCCCUGUUUGUCGUCACAUCAUUUCGAAACCCGAGAACAAAGUGACAUCUACCAGAUUCAAGAUCCGCCUAGUCGCAAAGUCUUAUAUCCCCACUAUCACCAUCCGCCCGAUGCAACCAACCGCACAGCCGGUGCCCGUCACCUCUCGACCCCUCAAGAACGAGGAAGCUCCCCUUACGCCUCUGAAGCCAUAUCAAUACAUCCUGACGUUCAAGAAUCCGCUGUUUGACAGCAUCAAGGUAACCCUUGCCACGCCCAAUACCACGCCGGGGCGAUUCGCUAGCAAAGUCACCGUGCUGUGUCCCGAAUUCGAGGUCGACGCCAAUGUCGACAUGUGGGACGACGCGCUGAAGGACGCUGGCAGAGAUGGACGACGGAAUGGGGCGGGAGUCGGCCAGGGAGAUGCGGCCAAGAUCUGGGAAAGGGGUCGCAAUUGGGUUAGCAUCGUGCUCGAGGUCAUACCGCCAUCUCUUAGAACAGCGCAUCGAGGGUUCUUUGGCGAUGCCAAACAAGAUGUUGAUGACAGUCCUCUCAAGGAGGAUGAGGACAUCCUGGAAAUACCCAUGUUUGUGCGAAUCGAAUGGGAAACUGAUGUUCAGCACGACAUGGGCAGUGUGUCUGGUAAAGACAAGGAGGCUCGAGAAAAGAGAGAAUUGGCGUAUUGGUGUGUUCUCGGCAUAGGGCGCAUCAGUCACGAUUGA